AUGCCCAAGGUCGCCACUCUCACCGACAAGGCUCCCAAGCCUCUUCCUGGCAUCUACUCCCAGGCCAUCGUCGCCAAUGGCAUGGUCUACUGCUCCGGCGCCGUCGCCAUGGACCCUGUGACCAUGAAGCUCGUUGAUGGCGACGUCCAGGCUCACACCCACCAAUGCAUCAAGAACCUGACGGCUGUCCUCGAAGCCUCCGGCACCACCAUCGAGAACGUCGUCAAGGUCAACGUCUUCCUUUCCAACAUGGAUGACUUUGCUGCCAUGAACGAGGUCUACAUGACCUACUGGGGUGAUGUCAAGCCCUGCAGGACAUGCGUCGCCGUCAAGACCCUGCCUCUCAACACCGAUGUCGAAAUCGAGUGCAUUGCUGUUCUGCCGUAG